ACUGCAGCCAAAAACACUACGUGAUCGACAGUGACUCGAAACGGUUCCGUGUGUGGCGUAGUUUGUAAAAACGACAAGAAAAGUCAUCCUCCGCAUCAAGAAGUUAGAAAUUCGAUUCGAUUCCAUUUUUCUCAUUCUCGCUUGGAUUAUUAUUGUGCUAAGUACUGCUUUACCCUCGUUCGUGGCUAUUCCGCGAAAAUGUGCACCACUUCCGGAAGUUAAUAUCGAAUGGAGCAAGGAAAACGCUCGAGCAGAUUCGUCAUCGUCGGACGGACGGAACCGAAGUGAUUAUUGUUUUUGUUCCUGCUGCUGCUGCGGGGAGGAAACAAUGGCGACCGCUGCUGUUGCUGGCGAUUUUCUCUAGAACGGCAGAGGAGUGUUUUUUUUCCACUGGUGGAUUGAGGUGCUGAAGAAAAUUUUGAUUGCAAAUGGAAUUCAUUUAAUGCUGAUAGGAGUGAUCAGUGGCACAGUGGGAGUGUUUAUUUCGGGGAAUAAUAUCCCAGCUAGUGGGGGCAAGAAGAUCGGUCAAUGUUAUUUUCGGUGAAGAAAGUUUUGCGAUCCUGUGUUCGCGAGGGCCCAAGCAAUUAAAGGUUUCGUUUUUGUGUGAGUGGAUUUUCUCCGUAGCAAAACAAGUGUUUUAUUUUUAUUUGAACAGAAAAUCGAUUCCGUUUCCGCUAAAGAGCACCGAAUUCGAGAACACCAUUGCCAAUUGGACUAGCAUUCAAAGGCCCAAACAGACUGCAGCCGGCAGUCACUAUCAUGCUAGAACGCAGCGUCCUGCUGCUGCACCAUCUACGCUUUCAUCAUCCAUUCAUCAUUCCACCAGGAAUGGUGAGCGCGUCGUCAUCAUCGGCUGCCGAGACGACACCGUUGCUAAUUCAAUCCACCCGUCGUCGUAUCAGCUGUUUGUACGUUGAUAAGCAAUGAAGCAUACAGUGUGAACCCAGUGUGAGAAAGUGAAGUACAACGUGAAAGUGUCCCGAAGAACUCGAAUAAAGGAAACAAGUGACAUGACCCGAAUGCUAGGAACCGGGAAUUAGAAAUCCGUGUUGGCCUGUUUGUAAGACAUUGAAAUACUCUCUGUGAUAGCGCGCAACUCUCGCGAUGGCCCUCUCGAUGAUGGUUGCCUUCGUGGCCAGGAGCCUGCUGACCAACUACCAUCUAGUCCUACUGCUCUCGGUCUUCCUGCUGACGAAAAGUGCCAGGGGCGAUAUUCUCGUCUAUCAGCAAGAUCAGCUGCUGGAGGAGUUUCGUGACUUCCCGGCCAAGUUCGGGAGCGACAUUCCGGAGAGUGGGAUCAAGGUGCGUGCCGUGCGGGCGGUCCCCCUCGAUGGCUGCUCGGAGAUGGUGGGUCCACCGGAGAAUGUCACCUCGAUGGGAGCACCCGGUGUAUCGGCGCGCUUUGCCGUCAUCAUAGCGAGAUUUACCAUUACCAAUUUAAGGUACAAUUGCUCGUUCGAGGAUAAGGUUCGCAAUGCGCAGAAAGCCGGUUACGUCGCCGUGAUCGUACACAACGUUGGGAGCAACGAUUUGGAGCGCAUGUCAGCGAACCACGCCGAGGACAUCAUAAUUCCGUCUGUGUUCAUCGGUGAAAGCAACGGUAUGUACAUUAUCGAGAGUUUCCUGUACCCGCUAACGUAUGAGUUGAUCAUCACCGACGACAUACCGUUCAACAUCAACAACAACUUGAUAAUCCCGUUUGCCAUCGUCGUCGGAUUAUGCUUCAUCAUAAUGGUCUGCUUCAUGGUCAUACGCUGCAUACGGGAACGCCGCCGUAUGCUGCGCCACCGUUUGCCCAACAGCGUCCUCAGGAAGAUUCCGAUUGUGAAAUUCGCCAAGGGUAUGCAGUACGAUACGUGCGCCAUCUGUCUAGAUGACUACGUGGACAACGAACGGCUGCGGGUGCUGCCCUGUCACCACGCCUACCACGUGAAAUGUAUCGACCCAUGGCUGACGAAGAACCGCCGGGUGUGUCCGAUCUGCAAGCGUAAGGUUUUUGCCCGUGGAGAACGUAGGCCACCGCGUCGGCGUUCGUCCACCGACAGCAUGUCAUCGUCGGAUGCCGAUGAACACACUCCGCUACUGAAUUCGGUUGAAACCCAACCGAACGGGGCCAGCUCGACGUCUUCGCCGCCGACCAACUAUCAAUCGCAGGAGGGAGCCGCAGUUACCCCGGGAGGACCGAAUGAAGCUCAUGUAGUUAACAUGACUACCGAUGAUGAAGAAAUGCUCGAUGCGGAAGCCCAAGCGCGAGCACUGCACAUCUUCCGACAGAUGGCAGGAGCACCACAGCGACGGUUCAAUCCCUUCGAACGGGUGGUGCAGUCACAGCCAGGGCAGCCGGGGGUAGCAGGUGCGGCUGUCAUAGAAGAAGGUGGCGAGUCUCCGUACAGUCCAAUCGGCGAGGAUCAGUCGUCCACGUCAGCUUGGUCGCGAUUUGUGAGCAAAAUGCGCUUCUACGUUCGCAACCAACCACGCCAGGAGGAGAUCCUAUCGGACGACGACGAUGUCGAGCCGGCUACGGGUGAAACGCGCCCGAUCGCCACCGGUAGCCGGAAUGCGUUCAACACCGCUAGCAAUAACAUCCUGAACGGCAAUCUCAGUGGAUCGUUCCACGGGGAUGACACGACAGACGACGAGAUGGUUGGUGCUAGCUUCCGCGACGAAGCUAAGCGACGUCAGAUCCGAUCCGCCCCUAAUCUUCCCUCCACCAGUGGAGUGGCCAGCGGUUCGGCGGGUAGCGGUGGUCGUCUCGGUGUAGCAGCUCUACCAAAUGUUAACUUUAAUCCGAUCAACCAACUGAGUCGCACUACCGGUGGCGAUCCGGGACGGCGGCAGAACCGUUCUGCUGGCGGCGGCGGCGGCGGCGGCGGCAGCACCUCGGGUGGUCAAUAUCCCGUGUAAAUAGCUCAUAGAUAAUGGUAACUGAAGGUAAGUCCAUUAUUCAUCGCUGAUUUUUUUUAAGGAAGGAAAGAUGAAUUUGAUAAUAAACAAUUCAAAGAAGUGAUACAAGAAAAGCGAAUUGUAAUUCAUCCGGUUAGGUCUAAGGCAAGGUAAUGAAUGCAACUUCCAUUUAUAUAUAUAUAUUUUCGGUUGAUUCGGCCUUACAAUUACUGUAUCCUAUUACCUAAGCAAUUUGUUUGUAUUCUUUUUUGUGUCAUUUUAUCGAAAAUCAACUCUAUUCGCAGCUCGUGUAAGAAAUACACGGGGAAACUUUGACCAGAACAAAGCUUCUUCCAUCGAAAAUUAUAUUAAAGGUAGCCUGAUUGUGAUCGGAUUUUUUUUAAGGUCGUUUAUUUUUUUUUUAAUAUUUUACUAUUGCGGAUGAUAGCAGUAAAGUGAAGCAAAGAGAUACAAAACAAAAGGAAUUCCGAUAUGUUAAACCUUAAUUGUCGUAAGGUUAGAUGCAGGAGACAGGAUUGUUACAGCUCUAUCGUACAUAUGUAUUAAUUUUGUCUUCGGGUGGAUAUUUGCGUUGUGAAGAAAUAGAUAUACUAGUGGGACAGUUGGAUUUGGAAUCUAAGAAGCACUGUCGGAUUUAGCAAGCCUAAAACACCUCCCCAAUAUUUGUAUUUAAUCGAUCACACACCGCACUCACACCAUACCUACUCCAUUAUUACCCAAACAGCAAUCGAAGGCAUAAGAUGUAACCAUAUUUUUCCAUUUAGUAUGUUUUGCUCAUAAAAUAUUAUAUCUAUUCUUUUACAUUUAAGAUCGCCCCAAAACAUAUUGACUUUUGUUUCGUUUUUUGGAUUUAAUCGAAUCGAAAACUACCGCAUAAUGAAUUCGUAGACGCUGUAAAAUAUUAGCCAUCCUAGUUCAUGUAAGAAAAUAAAUUGCAAACAGAGCAAAACGGAAGAGGAAAUCUGGAUUCAUCUCAGACAAAAAAAAAAAGCAACAGUGUAGUGUCAUGCAAACCUAAACGUACCGAGUAAAGACGCAUGAAAUCGACUCUACUACUGCCUGAACUCAGCUGCAAGAGAAUGGUGUUGUUUAGCGUAUCGAGUGUACCUACCUAUAUCAUAUUGAAUAAUAAUCAGCUAACCUAGUAAAUUGGCAAGCCUGGAAUCCUGAAACUGAGUGGAGAAUACAAAACACAGACACUAGCAAACACACGCAAGAUAUAUGUUGUAGUGAGUUUUUUAGCUCUUUGAUGGUAGUAUCUCGCGGA